AUGGCCUUCACCAUCCCCGCCGGCGUGCCCGUCGGCAUGAGCUGCCCGCUCGUCCACAUGAACCCGGACCUGUUCCCGCAGCCCGCCCGCUUCCGCCCCAAGCGCUGGCUCAACGACGCCCCGCCCGGCCUCGCCGGCUACACCUUGGCCUUCUCCAAUGGCAGCCGCCAGUGCAUCGGCAUCAACCUGACCUACGCCGAGCUGCGCGCCAGCAUCAUCGCCGACAUGCGCCACGACCUGUUCGUGCGGACGCCAAAACUGGACACCAAGGGGAUUGGGGUGCUGGUGAAGUGA